CUAUGCUGGCAUCAAUCUGCACAUGAUCUUUAUGGAGUCGCAACUUUGCCAGUCGCAGUACUACACUUCAAUAUGACGGCUAACGAAGACGACGAGCCGUCGUACAUUGACUAUGAGGCAUUCCUGGACCCUGGCUUCAGCCCCUCGUUAUUCGCGAACACUCUCGUUCUUGCGACGAACAAUUCUAACGACACGCCUCUCGACCUCUCGACCCCACUGUCGAAGGUCCUUUUCGACGCCCAGGAGAUAGAUUCGCACAUUGAUCUGCUGACGACCCGCUCCGCAAUACCGCUCUUAACGCACACCAAAGAGCAGACCGACUCAAGCACGAAGAUCAUAUCCGAAAUUGACAACCAAGUCAAGAGCUUGAAUGAGAGCUACAAACAGCUCGAGAAGGAGGUCAUACAGAAGCAUGCAGAGGCCGACGAGGUGCGGCAAGUCGCAGCUCGGCUAUGGGAAACAUUGAAACUGGGACGGGCGGUCGGCCGCUGUCUGCAAUUGGGUAGGCAACUCGAGGUGCAACACUCAGAAAUAUCCAGUACGGCCUCUGCUGCAGCCGGUGGAAAGAAGGAGGACCAUAGAGCUUUGACUCGCUGCGCACAUACGCUGAUCUCCCUGCGCGAAGUUCUUGAUAGAAACGGGCCAGGCGAGGAAGGGUAUGGGCUGAACAGAGUCAAUGCGAUCCGGAGCCUACAGGACAGCGUCAUUGCGCCCAUUGAGCGCUCUGUGCGGACCACGUCCGAGCAGAUCAUACGGGAGUUCGCCAUUGGAUCUGCCACUGGCACCGCGACGUUUGCGCAGAGCGAGGAGACCAAGGCGCGUACUGUGUCGGCUAUGAUCACGCUGUACCUCAUAUCACCAACGGCAGUCGCGAAACAUGACAAGUGGACCCCGCAAUUGCUUCUUCAAGCGCUGGAGGUUUAUCUGCGGAACGCCUUGCAGAGCUCCAUCACAUCUUUGACUAGGUCUCUGGCCACGCUGCCGUCACUGGAUCGGACACUUGCUGAGGUGUCGGCACGUUGUCAGAAUAUCGUGACGCUGGAGAUUAUCCUGGACGCCACCAAGGUGCCCACGCACCCCCUCUUGCUGCACCAGAAGCAGAGCUCGGAGAAGUCGAACUUGCUCCAACCGCUCCUGGCAUACCUAGAAACGGGCUCGUUGGCGUCGUACUUCUGGCGUUCCAUGGCAAGCAGCCUUUCGACAAGGGUGGUGGAGAUAGCCAACCGGGGCGGUGUCUCGGCUCGUACAUUGAAGUCACGGCGAAAUGACGUGGGUGAUGCUAUCAGGAAAUGCGUCAUUCGUGGUUGUCAGCCGCCAAGUACGGUCAGUGUCAACAAGGGGAAGGGUGCAAAGGCAGACUCGGAGAAGAGUGGAGGCUGGGAUCGUGAGGUUGCGGUUAUGGUUGGUAGUGUUGUUGGCAAUCUCGGUCGGUGAGGAUCUGUUUGCUAGCACUGGCUACGUUGCGUACAUCAACUCCAAUAGCACACCAUGUGGGAAAAAGUUCUCUCUGGUUAGUAUGGUUAGGGUAGUGCUCGGCAUAUUGAAGGUGGUCCGGCGUGCGACAGCGAUCGGCAUCCAAUCAACCUCAGUACGCUCUUCCCAUCUGGUAAUUGUGCCGGAUGAAGCUCCCUCGUGUCUCCAAUUAGUCAUGAGCUGUUUAAGCCUUAUUGAGAUUUUCUCGCUCCUCGAAAUUGAGUGCCUUCUUCCUCUUGGCGUUGCACUGCUCUCGAAUGCUUUCUCCUCUCUCUAGUUCACCCUUGGAGUCAGCUUGGGCGUUUUGCAAGUCCUCAUGCUCCUCGUCUGCAGUCUUGAUCUUCCUGCCGUUUCGAGCCUUUGCCCAGGCGAAGGUGGCACUACUGCGUGAACUUCCAAAUGCCUUGAAGAAUGCGGGCGUAUCGGUACAUCGCUCUGGGGUCGUCGUCCUCUUCAAUGUG